AUGAGAAAUCGGACCAGGCCGGGUCACAAAAGUCCGUACACUCACCAAAUUUGGUCGCCACAUAUAGUCCUGGACAGAUCUUCGCGAACUGUAUUUCCUGAUGCGGAUGGAACCCGGCCCGGCAACUUCUCAGAAAAAAACUCGCAGGAGGAUAAGAGUACUCACCUACAACAUCAUGACACAGGCAAUACUUCGAGUCGAAAGUGUUUCUUGAUGUGGCCUGCGGGGAUUCUUAGGACAUCGGGAAAUAAGGUAGAUCCUUUUUGUCACGUUUCUUUUCCUGUAAUGCUCCUCUGCAACUCUUUCCGUUUUAGGAAAUUUACCAAAAGUUUUGCUAACCGAUCUGCAAGUCUUCUGAUUUUGUAUGUUAAUUUAUCUCUUGGGUAUUGUCUAAGUCCUCUUUGCUUAUUCAUCUUCAUAUGUGGAAUUCCUACUUUCAGAAUGGCUCGUUGCUUUUUUUUAAUAGGGUAUUUCCCUCUGUGGCGUUGCAUUACUAUAUCUAUAAACUAA